AAGCUGUGACAGGCGUGAUGAACACGAGUAAAAAGAACCGCAAGCGAUAUUUGGAGCCCGAAGCAUGGAAUGAGCGUUUGCCGAAAUCGACGCAAUAUGAAGUAAGAAAGAAUGCUCCCGCGCGUUCAGCACAGCCUGCUACGGACGUCGGUUCAGAACAUGUGGUCACAAGGGCUUCUGAAUCCUCGGACGACGAUGAAGCUUCCGAGUCAGUCGAGGACAUUGGACCAGAAGACUACAUCGUAGGAGAUGAGUCGGCUGGCGACUGCGACACCGACGCUGAAUUAUCAGAUCAACUCUCGAAUGCGACGGAGCCGUCUGAUGGUCUCCCAAACUCCAACUUCUUUCGAUUGGAGUUUGCGCGCCCGCUUGGCAACGCAAACACCUUGUCUGUUGGAGAUGCCCUUGUGCUUGUAAUGGACUUCGCCAUUAAGCAUGGUCUGUCAUGGACUGCUAUAGAAGACCUGCUAAAAUUAUGUAAUAAUAUUUUAGGAACGAAUGUGCUGCCAGACAGCAAAUACCUGUUCAGAAAGUUCACUGCAACCUCACCAGAAGAUAUGAAGUUCUACUUUUACUGCCCGUUUUGUAAUCGGCUGCUGGCCAAGACGGGUGGUAGCUUAAGUGAACGCAACAUUGUGUCUGGUAUGUGCUGUGGAAAGGGCUACACCGGCCGGAAGUUGACAGCAGAUGGCUCCUUUUUUGUUGGCCUGCCAUUAAAAAAGCAAAUUGCAUCCGUGCUCGCAGAUGAUAGUUUGAGAGAAGACCUCUACAAAUCUUUAAAUGAAAGAAAAGACACAGAAAACGCUAGUGUGUCAGAUGUGACGGAUGGUGCUUUUUACCUGAACCAGCGAAAGAAGCUUGGCUGCAAGAAAGAUGACAUCACGUUAACUGUCAGUGCAGAUGGAAGCCCUGUGUUUAAAUCGACUAACUACUCCAUUUGGCCUGUACAUCUGACUGUGAAUGAGCUGCCACCGCACAGACGGUGGAGCAACAUCAUUUGUGCGCUCUUGUGGUAUGGUACCAAACAUCCAUACAUGACAUUGGUCCUCGAGACAUUCAGACAACAAAUGGAAGAACUCUCUGCUCAAGGAAUCUGCUGGAAUGUGAAUGGUCGACAAGUGCAUUCAAAGGUGUACUGCAUAACUGCUGUUGCUGAUGCACCAGCCCGGGCUUCCAUGCAGAACGUCCUACAGUUCAAUGGCUACUAUGGCUGUUCCUGGUGCCUACAUCCUGGAGAAUUCAUUGAAGGAUGUGUGAAGUACCCUGUGGGUUCAACUUUUGAAGACAGGACUGCAGCUAGCAUGUUGGCUGACAUGCAAAUGGCAGCGAAAAUGAAGCGCUCUAUCCAAGGGGUGAAGGGGCCAUCACCUCUCCUCAACGUUCCUGGAUUUGACAUUGUCUGGAGCUUUCGCCCCGAUUACAUGCAUGCUGUGUUGCUUGGAGUUGUACGCCAAGUCACAGAACUGUGGUUUUCAGACACGGGAAGGGCAUGCUAUAUUGUGUCUCCUCGGACAUUAAGGGAAGCAGAUGAGCGUCUCCUAAGCCAGAGACCUCCUAUGUGCUUUAAUAGAACACCGAGAUCUCUUAAGAUUCGAAAGUAUUGGAAGGCAUCUGAGUGGGACUCUUGGCUCCUCUUCUACAGCCUCCCAUGUCUGAAAGGCAUCCUGCCAGCUCAGUUUCUGGAGCACUUUGCUCUCCUGAUGUCUUCAGUGUAUACCUUGUUAAAGAGUCAUGUGACAUCACAGGAAAUUGAUGACUGUGCAUUAGAAAUAACAAGGUUUGUUGUCAUGGCCGAAUGUAAUUAUGGGAAAGCACAGAUGACUUCUAAUAUGCACACACUGCUGCAUUUGCCAAAGAGUGUGCUAUUGCAUGGACCACUUUGGGCUAUCUCAUGCUUCGAAUUUGAACACAACAUGGGCAACCUAGUGAGACUCGUGUCAUCAUCAAAUGGUAUCCCUUUUCAAAUCUUGUCGCGAAUUCUCCUAAUGAGCAAUUUUAAUCAGCUUCUAUCUAUGGCAUCGGAAGAAGUUAAGGAACUUUGUUUGCACACACGAAAAAAGGAGCACAUGGGAGUAAAACUUCUUGGAAGACCCCAAGUGCCUUCACAUGACUUAAUGGAAUUUGUAAGCGGCAACAUCCCUGGUGUGGAAAGGAUUGAAGAGUAUAGCCGCGUCUGUGUGAAUGGAAGAAUCAUGCACAGUGAAAACUACAAUCCAGGGUUAAGAAAAAGGGACUCAACCGCAGUGAAAUUAGGAGAUGACUAUGUGAAAAUAGAGAACAUAGUCAAUGUUUGUAAGGUCAAUGGAAGCUCUGACAUUUUCAUCGUCUCUCACAUCUACCAAGUGAAGAGCUUUGAAGGAGUAAGCCAUUUAAAGGUAGCACAUAAAUGUAAUUCAAAAGCUAUUCAUCCAGUUUCAAGGUCUCUUCGUCCAUGUAUAUAUCUUGAUUUGAAUGGGACAAAGCUUUUUGCGGAGUUGUGCAACCGCUACGGAUCAUUUUAGUCAAACAGUAAUGAUUCUCAUCCUAUCUUAUGUUCA